AUGUCUAAUAGUGUGGACAACAAACGACAGCUCGCUCGCACCGACUCGUUUCUCGACAACGAACAUGUACCACUCACCUGGAGGUCCUGGGUGGUCGUGGGGAUCUCCUGCUUUGCCAUCUUCGUUCAAGUCUUCGUUGUCGUGGCAGCAGGCUCGGUCAUAGCAUUCAUCAUAAGAGAUUUGGGCGAGCCAGAAAUCGCGGGUUGGAUCAUCCAAGGACCGUUGUUGAUUCAAAGCGUUCUUUCUCCAAUCGUUGGCCGUCUUUCCGAUGUCCUGGACCGCAAAUAUCUGUCAGGUAUUCCUCCUCUCAUUGCAUUUGCUGGAGCAGUGAUGUCAGCCAAAGCUCAAAAUAUGACCGUACUGAUUGGCGGAGGCAUCUUAAUUGGGACAACGCUUAGCACCAUUGCUAUCGUCCAAGCAAUCCCAUCUGAAGUUCUGCCACUGAAGUACCGCGCUCUCGCGAAUGGUUGUGCAUUUCUUGCAGGCUCUUUUGGCGGGUUGGUUGGAGUGCUGGGUUCUGGAGGCGUGACGAACAUGAAUCCAUCUGGCUGGAGGAAUAUAUUCUGGAUUCAAGCUGCUUUUCAUGCAACGACAGCCAUUGGUCUGCUCGGCUUUUACUGGCCACCACCCUCUGGUUACCCUCGUCUCAACACCCGCGAGCUCAUCUGGGCUUGUGAUCCUAUAGGCUCCGUCCUGAUGACCGGUGGGACCACAUUGCUCCUUCUUGCAUUCGAUUGGGCUGGGGGAACAUUUUCCUGGCACGAUACGCACGUUGUCGCGCCGCUCGUGAUUGGGGUUGUCCUUCUUUUGCUCUUCUGUCUGUAUGAAUGGAAGGGCAGGACAGACGGGAUUGUCGCUCAUGUCUUCUUCUCUCGCGGACCGAACUUCCUUCUCUCCGUUUUCGCCUUCGCUGUCGAAGGUUUCGUGUUCUAUAGCGCAGUCAACUCAGUGGUGCCACAAAUCGUCCUCAAUCUUGGAUUCGAGUCGAAUGCAUGGCGGAUUAGUGUGCGUCAGCUGUCGUACAACCUGCUGAUAAUCACGACCUCAAUUCCUGUCACAUGGUACGCAACAAAAUACAAAGACCUGAAAGGCCCUCUUUUGGUGACUUUUUCGUUCUUCCUCAUCGUCUCCAUAUGCUAUGCCACGAUCACUCCCCAGCUCAACCACGCCCAAAUCGUCUACAACAUCCUCGCUGGCAUCGGACAAUCUGGCCCACUAACUCUCAUUGUUGCUCUCACCCAAUUUACCGCGCCACAUCAGUAUCUGUCUACUGCAACUGGGCUGGCUUUCAGUGCGCGCGCGAUUGGUGGUGCUUUUGGCAGCGCAAUCUUGGACGCCAUUAUCAACAAUAAACUUACAUCGUACGCUCAAGAUGUUGGCGGGGCUGCAGUCUCCGCUGGUUUACCGACAAGCUCCGCCCCAGCACUCAUCGAAGCACUGCGUGCUGGUGGUCCCGUAACACCAGAAGCCGUCCCUGGAAUUUCACCCACAAUAAUUGCCGCCGCACUUGACAAGUCGCAUCAUGUAUACGCUCGUGCCUACCGGUUUGCCUGGAUUCCCAUUAUCCCGUUCGUGAUUCUGGCCAUGGUCGCAAUCGUGUGUCUUCAGGACGUGAAGGACCUUAUGACGGAGCAUGUGGAGGCCACAGUCGAGCAUAUGGAGGCUCCAUUACAAGAGCAGGAGGAGAAGGUUGCGCCAGAGAUGGUAGAAUCAGUAUAA